UAGUGGGGGGUUGGGGUGUAGGGACGCUCCGGGUUGCUCCUAUUAAACUGUUCCCGCCCUCGGUCGUCCCUCCUCCUCCUGCUCCUCUUCGCAUCCCACGCGCGCGCGCAGUCAUUCACGCCGGCCAGUCCUCAUUGCCACCCCAGCGCCCGGAGCAGUAGCAGCAGCAGCAGCGAAGAGUGCGGGAAGGAGCCAUGGUGCUGAAAGGCAGUGAAUCCGGUGGGGUUUUAGCCGAGAGUGCUCUGCUGUUUGCGAGUGAGGCGCCUUCGGACAUCAUGUCUGGUUUGGAAGUGGAGCAUGGGUCUGAGGACACGGGCCAUGACCUCGUCAAUGGAGAGACUUCGCCAACACCCCCUUCUUCGUCUGGCAGCCCGUCUCACAAGCUGGACAACAUCAACUUGAUGCUGGCCGAUUCUUUCGGCGAUAAGACCAAGUUGGACGAUGCAGCCGCCGCCAUCAUCCCCAAUGGCAACGCCGAGGUGGCGUCGUCACGGCAACAGGACCAGCAGCAGCAAGCAGCCAAGCAGUCGGCAGCGUCGACGGACGAUGUGUCUCUUGCCCCCGCCGAUCGACUGUGGACCACGGAGAGGGAUGGGGCCGUCCUCCUGCGCAUUAACGCGUCGGGCCCGCUGUCCGACACGCCCGAGACAAUAAACCAGCUGUUUGAGCGCACCGUGAAAUUGUACGGCGACCACAAGGCGCUGGCGAGCAAGGAGGGCAACACUUGGAAGAUUCUGACCUACAAGGAGUACUACGCACAGUGCCGCCAGGCUGCCAAGAGCUUCCUAAAGCUUGGCCUGCAAAGAUACCAUGGGGUAGGGAUCCUGGGUUUCAACUCUGCUGAAUGGUUCAUCUCCGAUAUUGGUGCCAUAUUGGCUGGCGGUUUUGCCGUCGGGAUUUACACCACCAACUCUGCCGAGGCAUGCCAGUAUGUCGCCGAUAACUGCUUGGCGAAUAUCAUUGUUGUGGAGAAUGACAAGCAGCUUCAGAAGAUCCUAGAGGUGCAGUCUCAGCUUCCUCACCUCAAGGCCAUUGUUCAGUACAAGGGGGAGCUGAAGGAGAAAAAGCCCAACGUGUAUUCGUGGGCCGAGUUCAUGCGAGCGGGCGAGGAGGUCCCAGACGCUCAGCUCGAUGCAAUCAUCGCAUCCCAGAGGGCCAAUCAGUGCUGCUCUCUCAUCUACACGUCCGGCACGACAGGCUCACCCAAGGGGGUUAUGCUGAGCCAUGACAACCUGACAUGGACGGCGACCGUGACGGGCGAGCUGACACAGCUGCGCUCGGCAGACGAUAACUACCAGGAGGUGGUUAUCAGCUACUUGCCCCUGAGCCACAUCGCCGCUCAGUUAGUCGACAUCUGGCUGCCCAUGCGUUUCGGCGGCGUCACCUACUUUGCUCAGCCAGACGCCCUCAAGGGCUCCCUGGUCGUCACCAUGAAGGAGGUGCGACCCACUGGCUUCAUGGGCGUGCCGCGUGUCUGGGAGAAAAUGAUGGAGAAGAUGAAGGCCACGGCAGCAAAGUCGGGCAUCUUCAAGCGCAAGAUCGCCGGCUGGGCCAAGAGCGUGGGGCUGCAGACCCACCUGGCCAACAUGAAAGGCAAUCCUGCCGAGGCGCCCAUGGGCUACACGCUGGCAAACAUGCUUGUCUUCAAGAAGGUGCGCGAGGCGCUCGGACUGGACCGCUGCACCAAGUGCUACACGGGCGCAGCGCCCAUCACGCGGGACACCCUCGAGUUUUUCCUCAGCCUCGACAUCCCCGUCUUCGAGCUGUACGGCAUGAGCGAGAGCUCUGGCCCGCACACCAUCUCCUCGCCCACGGCCUUCCAGAUCGGCAGCUGUGGGACUUUGCUGCGCGGUUGCCGCACCCUGCUGCACAGCAAGGACGAGGAGGGCAGCGGCGAGGUGUGCUUCUGGGGGCGCCACGUCUUCAUGGGCUACCUCAACAUGGAGGAGAAGACGCGCGAGGCUAUCGACGACGAUGGGUGGCUGCACUCGGGCGACCUGGGCCGCGUCGAUGAGCAGGGUCUCCUCUACAUCACCGGCCGCAUCAAAGAGCUGAUCAUCACGGCAGGCGGCGAGAACGUGCCUCCCAUCCCCAUCGAGGACGCCAUCAAGGAGGAACUGCCCGUCGUCAGCAAUGCCAUGGUCAUCGGCGACCGCCGCAAGUUCCUUUCUGUGCUGCUUACGCUGAAGUGCGAGUCGAACGGUGACUCUGGUGAGCCGGACGACGCGCUGACGGACGAGGUGGUGCACUGGUGCCAGCGCGUGGGCAGUACGGCGACGCGCGCCUCCCAGAUCGCCGGUGGGAAGGACCCGGUGGUGGAGCGUGCCAUCCGCGACGGCAUCGAGCGCGUCAACAAGCGUGCACCCUCCAACGCGCAGCGCGUGCAGAAGUGGGAAUUGCUGUUGCGCGACUUCUCCAUCCCCGGCGGAGAGCUGGGUCCCACAAUGAAGCUCAAGAGGCCAGUUGUGACCAAGAUAUACCAGGAACUCAUUGAGAGGCUGUAUGAAGACGCAGUGUCACCCACAACUCCUGAUGCCCCCCUACCGACCCAGUGAGACGCAGAACUGCUGCUGCUGGUGCUGCUGCUGAUGCACAACAGCACACCCCUGUGGUCCAUUAAAACAAGAGUUGUUUGGUUUAUUGGGUGGGGAGGGUUGGGCCAAGUCUUUUGUGUGUACUUGUGAGACUGAAUAUUGCAGUGAAUUUGUGAGCAACUCAAUUUCAAAAAAAUCGCCCAAAUGUUAUGUGUGCAUUGUUUUUUGUGAAUGUCGCAGCCUUGUAAACGUAGUCAAGUCGGUGAUGGAAAAGAAAAAACAGAAUGUAACGAUUCAAAACUCUGCAGCCGCUCGUCAUCGUUAUCAUGAUGCUUUGGUGUCGCAGCUCUCUGUUAUGCACCAUCUGCCUUGGACCGUCCAAACAUUACACCUGGGUAACGGGUAUUGUAUAGAGACCAGGUAAUGUUUGGAGGGCUGUAAAAAUGAUGGGCAAAACAGUUCUGGUAGCAGUGUCUUUUCUUGGGUUACCGAAUCCUGUCCAGUAAAUGACCUGGUGGUAUCCAGCAGAUAAUUAUAAUGAUGAUGAUAAUGUUUAGUGGCACAUUUAUAUUUAAUGUGAAGAGAUUUUUGUCUUUUAAUCUCCAUCCGCUUGCCUUCCAAUCAUCAUUUAGCCCUAUGGAGGGCAUAAAAAAGUUAACUUUUGUAGAAAAAAAUUGCCAGGUACUACAAUGAUUUCAAUUCUCAUUUGACUGCAUAUAUUGACUCCAGAGGGCUUGGAAAACUUUGCACGCAGGUAAGCCGUGUGUUUUUGUGCAGUUGGAGAGAAUUGGCAAACUGCUGCUUGUGACGCGACCACUUGUUUCAUAUGUGGGCUCAUCAGGCAGGAAUGAGAGGUCCCCGGUCGAUUUGCCUGCAUUCGAAAACGGCCACUGUUUUGCUCGUGUAAAUUAUUCUUGGUAAAAAUUAAAAAGUGCGCGGCUUGAAUGUGUAAAACACCACAGUGUGUCAUGCGAUUUCUUGUGAUUUAUUUUUUGGCCUGUGACCUUUGACAAUCCUGUUAACAGCACCUGCUCCAUCCUGAUAGGUGGUUUAACCUUUAAAGCCAAGAUUUUUUUUUCAAGGUCCUUAGGCGUCACGACACCCAUACCAACUAGUCAUGACCAACCCCCGGCACAAGAAACAUGCAGGCAUCUCAAAUUGUCGUGCCAGUGCACAAUAGCGGCUACUGCCCAUGUUCAAGAGCUGACGAUGGGGUCGGUCCGGGUCUUUUUGUCGACACCGCCUCAGCAUUGUCCACUCGCACAGUAAUUUUGCCGUUCUGUCCUAUUCACUGGCGGGACGCAAUGUUGUGUAGAAAGCAUCGCCAUUUUACGUGUGUUUUGUGUGUGCGUGCUAAUGCGGUUUGCCGAUUUUGUAAAUCGUCCUGAAUCAAAUAUCAGUUAUGAGUUCUUGUAGGUCUGUUUCUUAAACUCCAUCCUGUAGCCCACAAAGUGCAACAUUAGCUCAUUGUUAAUUAGAACGUGCAUCUGUAAUGAAGUUCGUACAUUGAGGUCUCGCUUGCCGAGUGGUGUACACACGAGCCGGGUUGGAGUGGUGGGAGUGGAAGACGGGUUUAAUGAAUCGCUAACGUAGGUAAGUGAUUUUAAAUAGAAGCUUUUUGGUCGGCUCGCUUGUUCAUCACCACUUAAGUGCGAUGCAAAUUUUCAGUACAGAAGUGAGUACUAGAAAUAACCUGAAGUAUAAAUUAAAUGUUACUUCUCAAUCCAAAAAUAAAUUGUUGCACAUAACUUUAUUUACUGUCAUAAAUUAUUUAUAAAAGCUUUGUAAUUCCACCAUUUUUGCAAUCUGUCAGCAUGUACAUUGUGUAUAAUUUUUCAUAGCGGAGUUGGAAAAAAUUUUUCUGCGGCUGCACAAAAUAAAUGACCGAAUACGA